UGACUUUAAGUGCAGGCGCAGUGGCUGAAACUCGUUUCUCUUCUUUAUGUGAGCACAGGAGGAGCAGAGAACGCACCGCUCUCACCUCACCCGAAACUCCACCGCUCCCCAACCACAGCCAGGGCCAGGACAAAUACAAAAUGCCCAAACCCGUCAACGUUCGCGUCACCACAGUGGACGCAGAGCUGGAGUUUGCCAUCCAGCCCAGCACCACCGGCAAACAGCUUUUUGACCAGGUGGUGAAAACCAUUGGCCUGCGUGAAGUGUGGUACUUUGGACUUCAGUACAUGGAUGGUAAAGGAUAUCCCACAUGGCUAAAACUGAACAAAAAGGUCACGUCUCAGGAUGUAAAGAAGGAGAACCCUCUGCAAUUUAAGUUCCUGGCAAAGUUCUUCCCUGAGGACGUAUCUGAGGACCUGAUCCAGGACAUCACACAGAAACUCUUCUUUCUCCAAAUCAAAGAAGGCAUUCUCAGUGACCAGAUCUACUGCCCUCCGGAGACCGCCGUGCUGCUGGCCUCCUACUCGGUCCAGGCCAAGUUUGGAGACUACACCAAAGAAAUGCACAAGCCGGGCUACCUGCUGAGCGAGCGCCUGCUGCCACACAGAGUGAUGGAGCAGCACAAACUGUCCAAAGAUCAGUGGGAGGAGAGGAUUCAGGUGUGGCAUGAGGAGCACCGCUGCAUGCUUAAGGAAGAUGCCAUGUUGGAGUACCUGAAGAUUGCUCAGGAUUUAGAGAUGUAUGGUGUCAACUACUUUGACAUAAAGAAUAAGAAAGGUACUGAGCUGUGGCUGGGAGUUGACGCUCUGGGACUGAACAUCUAUGAGAAAGACGACAGGUUAACUCCAAAGAUUGGAUUUCCCUGGAGUGAGAUCAGAAAUAUUUCCUUCAACGACAAGAAGUUCAUUAUCAAACCCAUUGACAAAAAGUCUCCAGACUUUGUUUUCUUUGCCCCACGUCUGCGCAUAAACAAGCGCAUUCUGCAGCUCUGUAUGGGAAACCACGAGCUGUACAUGAGGAGGAGGAAGCCAGACAGCAUCGAAGUGCAGCAAAUGAAAGCCCAGGCGCGUGAGGAAAAGCAGCAGAAGCAGCUGGAGAGAACUCAGUUUGAGAACGAGAAGAAAAAACGUGAGAACAUUGAGAGGGAGAAGGAGCAGAUGGAAAGAGAGAAACAACAGCUGGAGAUGAGGCUGUACCAGGUGGAGGAGAAGACCAAGAAGGCAGAGAAAGACCUCCAGGACCAGAUGCAGCGGGCUAUGGCCCUUGAGCAGGAGCGCAGGAGGGUUGAGGAAGAGGCAGCACGAUUGGAGAGCGAACGACAGGCUGCGCUGCUGGCCAAAGAGGAGCUGGCCCGACAGGCAGCGGACCAACAGAAGAGCCAAGAACAACUGGCUGCUGAGCUGGCAGAGCGCACAGCCAAGAUUAGACUCCUGGAAGAGGCCAAGAGACUCAAAGAAGAGGAGGUCAGCUCAUGGCAACUCAAGGCCAGAGCUGCGCAGGACGACCUGAUGAAGACGAGAGAGGAGCUGCAUAUGGUGAUGGUGACUCCACCCCCUCCCCCUCCUCCUCCUAUGUACGACCACCUGGAUGACAACAGUGACAAUGAGGACUCCCACAGUGCGCAACUGCACAAUGAUGGCAUUGAGCAGCACCGUAAUGAAGAGGAGCGGCUUACUGAGGCCGAGAAGAACCAGAGGGUUCAGGAGCAGCUAAAAGCCCUGACCUCGGAGUUGGCACAGGCUCGAGAUGAAUCCAAGAAAACGGCAAACGACAUCCUGCACAGCCAGAACGUGCGAGAGGGACGGGACAAGUACAAGACGCUGCGGCAGAUCCGACAAGGCAACACCAAGCAGAGAAUCGACGAGUUUGAGGCCUUAUAAUCUUGUGACUGCAUCUCUUUUUCUAACAGACUCAUGCAACCAGAGCAGAAUAAAGCACAGCAGGAGGUGUGGUAAACAAUCUAGUGCCAAACAGUUUUUUUCUUUGUCCAAUUAUCUUAUUCAUUAUUCAUCUUAUUAUUCAAAUGAUCUUUUUUGGUACAUUAAAAAAACAUUUCUGGUGAGGGGUCCGUAACUUGAUUGAUUCAUUGAAAUGUUAUUGCUUUACCUGGAAUGAUCCACAGUAUGGCAUUAAAGUGCAUAUGGCAGGUUUUGCAUGUUUUUCCAUGUUUUAUUACUUGGUUUUGUGGGGCUGUACCUGUGGUAAAUAUUUAUAGUAGUAGUCAAUCAAGUGACAGUUUAUGAAAAAAAGUACAAAAAUAGACAAUGUAGCAGUGAAUAUCUCUACCUCAACACAGCAAGCUCCAUCUAAAACGCAGGGAAAAUGUACACUCAAGCAACACAUUUUUCUGUCAGUUUAAACACUGAUUGCACAAAAUAUAAUUGUUGUCAUCUAUUUUUGUCUAAUCAUAAAUAUUGUGCAAUUUAGAUUUGAUAGAUAGUUUUGGCCCUUGUUGGUAAUGAGUAUGGAAUUACGUCUGCAUAUGUCAUAUCUGAUGCCCACGUACAACAAGUAAAACAAGAAACUAUGUAACACAGACACACACACACACACACACACAUAUAUAUGGGCAAAAUAUGAAAUAUAAUGAUGUUAGCUAUGUUUUUUUGACAUUUACAUUUGAACCUGUUAUAUGCACUUCAAGCUACUCUUCUAUCUUGCUCUCUUCAAUUCCAUGUGUCAAAAAGGAAAAGCAUGCACUCAGAUUGUAAUGUGGUUCAUAACCUGCUUGUCUUAAUGGAAAGAGAUACGUUAAAUGCCACGCUAAGGAACAUUUCAGGCAAACCAGAUGGUGGACCCUCAACCAGAAAAGUGCAGUCCCUAUACAAUGCUUUAUUAUUAUUAUUAUUAUUUUUAUUUUUAUUUUUUGCACACGUUUUGCUCUAUAUAAAGAUGUACAAUUGCAGACAAUAUUUUGGAGCAACGGCUGUGAUUGGUUGAUUGCAUAUUAGGGCAGGACUUAGAAGAUGUUUAUUUUUUAGUGUUUGAAAAAAAAAAAAAAUUGCUAUUUGAAUACUUAAUUUACACCAUAUGUUGCUAUAGUUUAAAAUCAUGCUUGAGUUACUUAUUUAUAUUAUAUAUGGGAUGUGGAUUAAAAAAAAAAAAAAAAAAAAAAAAAAACAACUUUGAUUUAUAUAUUUUGCUCCCAACUUAUGACAUAUACAUAUGGUUUAUUGGAAAAUAACUGUGUAUUAGAAAAUAAAGACAUUUUAUUGUA